AGGCGGAAGCUUGCGUAGACAGGGAGGGUGCAGUCGCCUCAGACGUCUGCUAGAUCUUAAUACUUCGCGUCGGGCCUUCCCUUUAAGCUUUCCGUUUCUCGUUCGGUUGCACCUUCGAUUAUUCUUCCCUUCGGCGACGACCGUCCACGAUGGCUCUCGAUGCCACCGAGAAAAGUUACAUCCUGGACGCGAGGAACAGCUACGAGGAUGGCGGCAGUCUCGGCUCAGAAGAAUCUUACGAUGAUAUGAGACAAUUAGUCGGGGACAAGAAGGAGGAAUCCGGAAAAUUCAAUACUCUACCUCUGGCCAGUUUUAAUUUUAUCAACUCCAUUAUCGGCAGUGGCGUUAUUGGCAUACCAUACGCCCUCCAUCAAGCUGGAUUCGGCCUCGGUAUCGCAUUGUUGAUAGUGGUAGCCGGCCUGACUGAUUAUUCUUUAAUUCUGAUGGUCAGAAGCGGUCACAUCUGCGGGGAGAUGAGCUACCAAGGUUUAAUGAGGGCCAGCUUCGGUCGUCCCGGAUUUUAUAUUCUCACAACUUUGCAGUUUUUUUACCCGUUUAUAGCGAUGGUCUCUUACAACGUUGUUGUCGGCGAUACGGUCACGAAGGUUUUAAUAAGGGUGACUGGGAUGAGCGAGACGAACAUCUUCGCUCACCGACAAGUGGUCAUCUUCUUCGCGACGAUCUGCAUUACAAUACCGCUGUGUCUUUACAGAAACGUCGCCCGUUUGGCCAAGAUCUCCUUCCUUUCUCUCGUCUGUGUCGGUUUCAUUUUGUUGGCCAUUUUAAUCCGAAUGAGUACGAUGUUCUCAAUUGUGCCAUGCCAAGAAGAUAGCUGGCGAUUCGCGAACUUCCCCGGAGUAGUGCCAUCCGUCGGGAUUAUGGCAUUCGCCUUUAUGUGCCAUCAUAAUACGUUCCUCAUCUACGAGUCCAUAGAGAGAGCCACCCAACAGAAAUGGGACGUCGUCACCCAUUGGUCUCUUUUCACCUCGUUCUUGAUCGCGGCCGCUUUCGGGAUCAUUGGGUAUGCGACGUUCACGUCGUUUGUCCAGGGCGAUCUUAUGGAGAAUUAUUGCUGGGACGAUGAUCUAAUGAACUUCGCGAGGGUGAUGUUCAGUGGAACCAUUCUGCUGACAUUUCCUAUCGAAUGUUUCGUCACGAGGGAGGUGAUCCUAACGGCGAUCAAAGGGACCGACGAACUGGAAGACCACACGGCGUACAUCCCGAAUUCGGACCGGAAGUACCUGAUCAUCACCCUGUCGAUCGUAACGGUGGCGUACCUGAUCUCGAUGUCCACGGAUUGCCUAGGCGUGGUCCUUGAAUUGAACGGUAUCCUGGCGGCGGUGCCCUUGGCGUACAUCCUCCCCGGCCUCUGCUACCUCAGACUCGAAGAGGGACCACUCCUGUCCCCGAAGAAACUACCUGCCCUCGGUCUGAUGACCGCCGGCGUGUUCGCCGCUGUCUCCGGUCUGCUGCUGUUGAUCUUGAACAGCGACACGUCCAGCUCCUGCGUGCACGGAAAGAUCCUGACAAAGCUACUUUACAAUAAUUACAAGUCCAUUCAGCAUCAAAAAUGUCAAAAACAUCCUCGAUUUCCGAGGAGGGGUUCGAGUCAUAGCUUAACUUCCAAAUGCAUUAAAAUGGAAAUUUCAAACAAGGAUAAGCUAGUUGAUACAUAUGAACAGAUCUACGAAGAUAAGUGUCGAAUUUGUUUAAAAAGAGCUGUUGAAAUUUGUGAACUAUUUCGAAAUGGAGACGCUAUUCCUCGUAAACUUAUGGCCGUUGCUUCCGUACAGGUAGAAGAAGGAGAUGGUUUGCCACCGGUGAUCUGUUUGCCUUGUAAUCAACGUUUAGACGCGUCUUAUGACUUUAAGUGUCAAAUACAAAAUACUGAUGAAGAACUCCGUCGAAUUCUGAAAUUAAAGUCCUCUUCCAAUGACUCGGAUAGCGGCGCUAGCAUAGUCUCAGCAAUAAUUGCUGAUGUGAUAUCUAAUGUUAUAUCUUCUGAAAAGGAAAGCACAGAAAAGCAAGAAGAGUGUUCUAUAAACUUUUGUUCUGAUAACUUUUGUUUUACAAAGGAUGAUACCUCUUUUUGUUUAAGCACAGAAAGAAAUUUAUUUUCCUAUGAGAAAGAAACGCAAAGUCAAUUAAAUGAGAUAGAACAGAAUAAAGCCGCAGAGAAUGUGAAUGUUUAUAAGGAUCUUUUAGCAGAUGCUGUAGAACAAAGUAAUUUAAUGAAACGAGAAUCAUCCAAAUUUAAUGAAAAGAAGGGAGACAAUAAAAUAAAUAAUUCUGUAAAACCAGAAGAGUUAUCUUUGUUGAAUGAACGUGUAGAAACAAAGAAGGAUACUUCAAUUAAUGAUGAUGUAAAUAAAGUUGAAGUAUCAGAAGAUCAACCAAUAUUGGAAGAAUCAUCAAAAGCGGAUAGUAUACAAGAUGAUGAAGAAAAAUCUCUUAUAUCACGCACAAAUAGAUUACGAUGUACACAGUGUAUUAAAUCCUUCCAUACGAAAAUGGCAUUGCGAAGGCAUGCAAUUGUACAUAAACGAAAAACUAAAUUAAGAUAUGUUUGUUACAUUUGUGAUAAACAGUAUUCCACCCUUGCGAAGGUAAAAAAUCAUGUUGCAAUUUGUCAUAAUACAGAUAAUAAGAAGGAAGAUAUUAAUGAUAGGAGAAUUAGUUAUGAACAAGAAAAAGAAAUAACAAAUGUACAGGAUAAAAAAAAUAAAAAUAUUCAAGACAAAAGAAUAAAAAUGCAAAAGAAUGACGAUUCCUUAAAAGAACAACGAAAAAAUUUAAAAUUUACUUGUAAUGUGUGUUCAAAACAAUUUACUUAUCAAAAAUCUUUUGUAACUCAUGUUAGAAAUCAUCCAGAGUAUAAAUCCGAAGAAGCAGAUGAAACGUAUCAGUGCUCAGAAAAGGAAAGAUCUGUAGAAAAUGUUGAAGAAGAAGAAGAUAAUGAAGAGGAGGGAGAUGAAGAAGAUGAAGAAGAUGAAAACCUUCCCGCUGAGAGUUUACAAUGUACUCAAUGUGGAAAGUUAUUUGCAACGAAGAGAAAUCUGAAGAGGCACCUCUCUACACAUAGUGGAUUAAAAUACACAUGUGCAACUUGUGGUAAAGGAUUUUCAAGAAUAGAUAAACUAAAAGAUCAUGAACAAUCAAAGCAUAAGGGUCAAAUAUUCGAUAGCUCUGAUUUAGAUGAUAAAGAUGACACAGACAGUAUAAAUAAGGGAAAUUGUUUAGAAGGUAGAAAAAAGGAUCGUCACAACAGACCACAUAAGUGUGCAAUGUGUCCCAAGUCCUUUGCACAGGCUCAGUCUCUAACGAAUCACAUGGAACGCCACACGCGUGUUAAAGAAACUCAAAAAAGGUUUCUUUGUGAGGUGUGCAGUAAAUGUUUUGCUCAGAGUGGUUCACUUGUUGCACAUAUGCGUACACAUACAGGAGUUAAACCCUAUGUUUGCAAUGUGUGCAGUAGAGCUUUCACGAAGAGCACUUACUUACAAUUGCAUCUCCGAACACACAGUGGAGAGAAACCUUAUAUUUGUCAGUAUUGCAGUAGAGCCUUCGCGCGUGCAAACACAUUGGCACGUCAUAUAACAAUGCACACAGGAGAAGCAAAAUAUCAUUGUCAAAUUUGUACAAAAUCAUUUAGAAGACUGACCUCGUUAAAUGAACACACAUAUACGCAUACUGGUCAACGACCAUAUGCAUGCAAUAUUUGUACAAAGAGAUAUAAUAAUGCCGGUUCCUUAUAUGCACACAGAAAAAAAUGUAAGGCGAAACAACUAUCUACUACUGCGUUUACAGUUUCUGUGGAAAAUACUGGACCAGAACAGGAUGUAAAUGUGUCACAAGUUUUGAUCUACUCGCAAAGAAAGCUGGUGGAAGAUGCUACUGUUGGACAACCUACGCCUACGCCGCAAUACAUGAUCGCGAAUGUGCAUAAUCAAAAAAGUCUGGGACCGAAUAUUAUUCAACCAUUUGCGAUGGAGGACCCAAAUGUUUAUACGGUUAAUGCGAAACAAUUUAAGAAUCCCUAUUAUACAAUUUAUCCAAAUAUGUAAGAUAAUAACGUGUGCGGAAAAUCGAUUAAAAAUGUCUUUUUUUA